AUGCAAUUAAUUUACAGUAGGCGUAUAUCCAAGAAUUAUUAUCAUUGCCAAGAGAUGUUGACGCAGUUUAUUGUUGACCGCUAUGAUCAAAUACCAAUCAAAAUGAUACGUCAUGUAGCACUCAUUUUGUUAUUGACUGUGAUAAUACCAUGUGCCCGUGCAUCGAAUCAAUGUCUUACAUCACAAAAAGAAGUAAGUCCAAAGCGCUUCAUUCAUUUGGAUGGACAAUCCCUUGAACUUUCAUUCGAAUUAACUCGGCGGCCAACUCAACGGCUAGCCACAAGAAUUAUGAAGAUAUUUCUGAUUGAGAUACUUGGCUAUCCGGGUGUCAAAUUGAUUGAGAAGGACGACUGGUUUGAUGCAGUAACUGUAUUUUCCAGAAUGUCAGAGACAUUGUCUUACAACGACCAAAGAGUUGUUCCAGAAACGAUGGUAAACAUGGAAGCAUGGAUACCACCUCAAGAGGACACCACGCAAAUCUUAAACCGCUAUGACGUCAAAGAAUGUGGCUCUAUAGCAACUCCUGGCAGAUUCAGCUGGUACAUUCCGGUAGAGCUCAGUGACCCAGAUGACAACUGGCGAACGUUUGCUUACCCAAAAACAGCGUCUCGUUUCGACCUGAACGACACUAUUUUGACACUGAUUCAAAAUUUGACCCAAGCACCCAACGGGCGUUAUUACUGCCAAGAAGCAUUUUGCAACAAAGGAAUGUACAUUCCGGCUCACUGUCAGAAGCAAGAUAUCCACGACUUAAACUCAUCUUGUGCUCUCCUCCUAGCAUCCGAAUCAGACGUCACUUAUUUCAUCAAAGACCACAUAGAUAUCUUGAACCUGUACGUGAAAGUCGCCUGGGUCGGUCCUCAUUUAAGGAACUUUACUCGAUUUCUAACCAAGGAAUAUCUUGGAACGUACAAUACCAAUCCUCAAUCAUUCGCGAUCUUGCACUGGACACCAAGCGAUGUGAUUCCCAAUGAGCGGGACUUCAUAGCGGUAGAAUUUCCUGGAUGUGGUAGCAGAGGCUUGAACAUUGGUUGCGUUUACGAGUCAAAUCGACUGGUUAAGCUAGCUUGGUCUAAACUGGAGUCAAUUGCGAAAUUCGCUUGGGAAGCGAUCAAUCGUGCGCAGUUCAAUGUCGAUAUGUAUGAAGAUUUGAUUGAUCUUUACAAUCGUUUGAUUGAUUUUAAUGUCACUGAAGAUGCCAUUGCGUGUGAUUGGUUGAGAGAUAAUUUGAACUACACACUACGUCACUGGAUGCCAAGCAAUGAUGACAAGAAUGUUCUGUAUAUUGGUGGAAUAUUUCCCAUGUCUGGGACACCUUACACCACCAAAUCUAUCGUAGUCGCAGCACUCAUGGCCAAACAAGCUAUCAACCUCGAUAAUACCAUACUACGGGAUUAUGACAUCACGCUUUUAGCAAGCGACGGACAGUGCAAGUCAGAUAUGGUUAUGAAGUCCUUUAUUGAUUACAUCGUCCAUAACUAUUACAAGAAGCUGAUUGGCGUAUUGGGUCCAGCUUGUUCGGAAACUAUCGAACCACUGAUUGGAAUUUCACGGCACUACAAAACGAUGAUCAUCAGCUACAGCGCUGAAGGUUCUACUUUCAAUGAUCGAAGCAGAUAUCCGUAUUUCUUCCGCACGAUUGGGGAAAACAAGCAGUACCGACAUGUCUACUUGCAGUUCUUUCAACACUUUGCCUGGAAACGGGUCGCAGCGCUGACGGAGGAUGGGCAAAAAUACACGGAGUAUAUUUCGUAUUUGCAAGAAACUUUAAGAGAUCAUGAGAUUAAUUUUGUUGCUAAUGUUAAAUUUCCAAGGGAGCGAGAGAGACAUGAGAUGACUGAGUAUCUUGAGGAUUUAAAACAAAUACGGGCGAAAAUAAUUAUUGCUGAUGUUUACGACACAAUAGCACGACAAGUCAUGUGCGAGGCUUAUAAGCUGAAAAUGACGGCGUAUGAUGGUUAUGUAUGGUUCCUACCAUUAUGGCUUCAAGAAGAUUGGUACGACACCGACAAACACAACCAAAAUGGUGAAGACAUCCUAUGCUCGACAUCAGAAAUGAACGAAGCGAUAAAUGGGCAUCUCAGCGUUUCAUACUUAUACUUCGCGAAUGAUAAUACUGUCAUGCAAGAAGGCAUAAAAGUACGCGAAUGGCGAGAUAAAUAUGAAGCAUCAUGUCGUAGUCGAAAACUAUCUCCAUCACCCUACGCCGGAUACGCUUACGACGCCAUGUGGACUUACGCUUACGCGAUAGAUAAUUUGCUUAAAGAGAACCAAAGUUACAUCGCCGAUUUGCAUUCUGACCAAACCGUAAAUCGGAUGACAGAUAUUAUUGCGUCGAUCGAUUUUGAAGGCGUUUCGGGCCGGAUAAAAUUCUACGGUGGGCCAUCUAGAGCACCAAUCAUCACGAUUAUCCAGCAUAUAGACAAGGAAAUCAAAACUGUUGGAAACUUUUUCCCAAACGUUUCAGAAACCAAAGGUGAAGUUAUUGGCGGCCAAUUGGUUCUCAAUGAAUCUGCAAUUGUGUGGCUGAGUUCGCAAGUGCCGAAUGAUGGAUCUGAACCACCUGCCAGAUGCAUCCUAGCUGGCCUAGCAGAAUUGUUGGACGUUAGUUGCGAGGUCGCGAUUGUCAUUGCCAAUGUCAUUGGGCUGAGUCUCUUGGGUGCUGUUUUGAUCACUGGUUUUGUGAUCGUCAAGAAAAAAUACGAUGAGAAGGUUCGACUCCAGGAGAAAGUUCUUGAGUCCUUUGGUCUAGACCCACGGCAAGCAACUUUGGACCUAGAUAAAUGGGAGAUACCACGUGAAAGAGUUGUCAUUAAUCGUAAGAUAGGUGAGGGUGCUUUUGGGACGGUUUACGGAGGAGAGACCUUCUUUCCAGAAAAGGGUUGGUUGGCUGUUGCCGUCAAAACGCUCAAGUCAGGCAGCACUACAGAACAGAAAUUAGACUUCUUGAGCGAAGUUGAAGUCAUGAAACGUUUUGAGCAUAAAAACAUCAUCAAGCUACUGGGGGUUUGCAUAAAAAUAACACCUGUGUUGACAGUCAUGGAGUUUAUGCUCUAUGGUGAUCUGAAGACUUACUUACUCGCCAGAAGACAUCUGGUCAAUGAUUCACACUAUGAAGACACUGAUGAAAUAUCUAAUAAGAAACUCACUGCGAUGGCGCUAGAUGUCGCUCGCGCUCUGAGUUAUUUAGCGCAGUUAAAGUAUGUUCACAGAGAUGUCGCAUCACGUAAUUGCCUGGUUAAUGCUCAGAGAGUUGUUAAGCUCGGUGAUUUUGGAAUGACGAGACCGAUUCUAGGAGUGUUUUCACCUGCGUCUGAUGUCUGGUCUUAUGGCGUGUUGCUCUACGAAAUAAUUACUUUCGGAAGUUUUCCAUUCCAAGGGUUAAGCAACAACCAAGUUUUGAGCUAUGUCAAGGAAGGGAAGACACUUGACAUACCCAAAGGAGUUAAACCGCAAUUGGAUGCAUUGAUAAAAGCAUGUUGGGCAUUUGAUUAUCCAAAAAGACCAUCAGCCCCGGAAAUAGUAGACUUUUUGGCAAUGAACCCCCGCGUACUGUGCCCAUGUCUUGACGGUCCUUUGUCAAGUGUCCAGAUAGACCACAGUGGCGAUGUAGACUCGCUGACAAAAUCAUCCAAGAAACUGUCGAUGUCACUUGGUUGGCCAUCACAACACCAACAGCCAUCACCAUCGACAUCCGACCAAUUAACUGUGCCCAGUUUUCUAAAUGCUCAAUUACUCGACAUUAAUUUAGAUUCAAAUAAUGCUCAGAAUAUUUAUAAUGAUGAUAAUGAUACUGAUGAAGAUGAUAAUCAUUCACCUUUGUUAGCAAACAACAACAACAUUAAUGAUAAUGUUAAGAUUAACAACAAUCAACUGCCAAUUUUUAGUCAUAAUAAUAGUCAUAAUAGUGAAAACAUUCCAAAGUAUGUUAAUGUUCAACUUGGAGGAUUAGCUAAUGGUAUUAUACAAGUAAAAGAACAAACCAGUAGUGAUUCGCUACAAGAUGAGCCGAAUGUUACGAAUUUAAUAGUUUAA